GCCAAAAAAAUAGAAGAAGAAGCAGCAGAAGAAGAGGAAGAGGAAGAGGAAGAGGAGCAGCAAGAGGAGCAGCUUCUUAUUAUUGUUUCGACAAACACUCAACGAUAAAAGUGGCCACAGGACGGCGAAGACGCUUUCUUGCCAGUCAGAAUUGACUUUUAUGUGCUGAUAUACCGGUUCACAUCUUGUUUUAUUGACUAUUCGUUUGUGGCAGACGAAGCAACUGCUAUCUAGUGUCAAGACAGAUUUAAGAGAUCGGACUGAACAUCAUACUGUAUAUUGACGCUGGACGGAUCUUCUCUGAUCCGACUCCGAAGCAAAGAAAUGUUCAUUAAACACUCGUCAUGUUAAGCAGUUGAUCAGCUGACGUUGGAAAGCGCUGAUCGUGUUGACAUUUCACAACGGCUAGUUUGUUUUGAUCGGGCUGUGCUGGAGGAAAUGGGUGCAAUUCUUAGUCGAAGAAUCGCCGGUGUUGAGGAUAUCGAUAUCCAGGCCAAUUCUGCUUACAGAUAUCCUCCCAAAUCAGGAAACUAUUUUGCCAGCCACUUUUUCAUGGGAGGAGAGAAGUUUGACACUCCUCAUCCAGAGGGUUACCUCUUUGGGGAGAACAUGGAUCUUAACUUUCUUGGCAACCGCCCAGUGCAGUUUCCCUAUGUUACCCCAGCACCCCAUGAGCCGGUCAAGACAUUGAGAAGUCUUGUCAACAUCAGAAAAGACUCGUUACGAUUGGUCAGGUAUAAAGAUGAUGCUGACACUCCUGAUGAAGGAGCCAAACCAAGGGCCUUGUAUGGAGUGGAUUUCACCUUUGAUUCAGAUGCUCGAGUGGCCAUCACCAUCUACUGUCAGGCUUUUGAGGAGUUCUCUAAUGGGAUGGCAAUAUACAGCCCAAAAAGCCCGGCGUUGGUCUCUGAGACUGUAUAUUACAAAAGAGGGGUUAGCCAGCAGUUUACCCUGCCAUCCUUCAAGAUUGAUUUCUCUGAAUGGAAGGAAGACGAUCUCAACUUUGAUUUGGACAGAGGUGUUUUUCCUAUGGUGAUUCAGGCUGUAGUUGAUGAAGGAGAUGAUUGUUUGGGACAUGCGCAUGUACUGCUGGCAGCAUUUGAAAGACAUGUUGAUGGCAGUUUUUCAGUGAAGCCUUUGAAACAGAAACAAAUAGUGGACCGUGUUAGCUACUUGUUACAGGAGAUUUAUGGAAUUGAGAAUAAGAACAAUCAAGAGACAAAGCCAUCUGAUGAUGAGAACAGUGACAACAGCAAUGAGUGUGUAGUGUGUCUGUCAGAUCUACGGGACACUCUGAUUUUACCCUGUAGGCACCUGUGUCUGUGUAACUCAUGUGCUGAUACUCUACGCUACCAGGCCAACAAUUGCCCGAUCUGUCGACUGCCAUUUCGAGCCCUUCUUCAGAUCCGAGCUGUAAGAAGGAAGCCUGGGGCGCUUUCACCUAUUUCCUUCAGUCCAGUGCUGGCUCAGAGCAUGGAUCAUGAUGAGCAUUCAAGCUCAGACUCAGUUCCUCCCGGCUUUGAGCCCAUCUCCCUUCUGGAGGCUUUGAAUGGGCUUGGUGCCAUGUCCCCUGGCAUUCCAUCUGCGCCUCUUUAUGAUGAGAUCAACUUCUCUGGGAGCCUGAGUGGAGAGAGCCGGCAGCUCAGUUCACCUGAGCACUCUGGAGACAGUGGUGGACAGAAGAGCAAAGUCAGCAAGUCACCAGAUAGCACUCUGCGCUCUCCAUCAUCUCCCAUUCAGGAGGAGGAUGAAGAAAAGCUGUCAGAUAUGUCUGACGCACAAGCCCACAUGCUACUGUCCAGCAGCCCUGCCCCCACUGAGGGUACUGCUGGGGAGGAUGCCCCAGACUCACUUUCUCCUGAAGAUGAGGAUCGACUGAAUUUGGAGGAAGAGGCCAUGAAUGACUGUAGCAGCGAGCACAGCAGCUUCACCAAAACUGAAAGUGACCCACUGGGAGACAUGUCCUUGCCUGCUCUAGGUCCUGAUUCCUGCUCUAUUGGUUUGGAGGAGUAAAUGGAUUAUAUGGCUCAUCAGAAAGUCUGAACACUCAGAGUACAUGCUGCUCCAGUCAGCCACUCUUGGGUCCUUCAAGCCAUUUGCACAUGGAGGAUGAAGAACUGGAUGAUUAAUCAUGCAGGCCCUACUCCUUCUUUGAAGCCUUUGUAAAGAGCCCAACAUUAACCUCCCUUUAAUGUCCCUUCAUUUGUGUGAUGCACUCUCAUUCCAAGACCCAAUUUGUUCUAAUUCCAGUCCUUUUAUUUUUACCUUGACUUUGGCUUUUGAGUUUUGUUCUGGUGGUCUGUUGUAUUGCUAGGCCUUUCUUGUGCUUGAAUUUAGGGCUCCAUUUCAUUAAGUUGCCUACUUAAAGGGACUGUUCACUCAAAAAUGAAAAGACUGUCAUCAUUUACUCAUCCUCGUGUCAUUACAAACCUGAAUGCUGUCAUUUUAUUCUUCUGAGGAACACUUUGUAAAGAAUCUUUACAUGAAUCUUUUCCAUGCAAUGAUCGUACUUACUGACUAUGGGCUGGCAAGCUCCAUAAAGGACAAAAAAAAGCACUAUAAAAGCAACAUAAAUAGUCCAUAUGACUCGUGUGUUAUGUUGAGCAGAUAAUGUUCAUCUCCUUAAGAUCUUAACAGUCCCGUGGUCAGCAUGAACUCCCGUUAUAUGGAAAAUAUGUUUCUUUAAAAAGAAGUCUGUGCUCCAUGGAAAGAAUGAAGUUGAGUAAAUAAGGACAGAAUUUUCAUUUUUGGAUGAAAUAUUAAAAUGGGUUGGGGCAGGUCUAAUUCCUGUUAAUUUUUGUAUAAUUGUGAGGUGGUUUUAAACAGUGAUGUUUUGGAGGUUGAGAGAGAAGGUCACCUCAAUUACAUAAUUAUUACAUAAUGCUGAAUAUAGAGCUUUGAUCUUUGAGUAUAUGAAAAUACUAAGUGAUAAAGCUUAACUAACCUGUUCAGGUUAAUAGUCAAAGCACAUUUUAAUGAAGUCUCACGGUUACAUCAUUUUGUGGCGACUCAACAAAUGAUCAUGCGUUAAACGAAUGAGCAAAUAAUAUAAAAACAUAAUAGUAACGGUGCAUUUGAUAUGUUUUGUAGUUAAGUGCUUAAAUGUCCUUUUGUGUAUUGACUGAAGAUGAAGAGAGUCAGAGAAGCAUCUUUCAGUAUAUAUUAAUUAAUUGAGAUGUAAUAUUUAUAGUGAUCAAAUACUGUUGUACCAGGAAGUCAUUGACUUCAUGUCAGUUUUAUGACCAAAUGUUGUAUGGUCUAACAGUGCUUUAAACAUGCUUGCCUGUCCAGCUAUUUAAGUUCUUUAAUAUUUUGAGGACUGAAAAAGCUAUGGUAGACUCAAUUUACCUCUUUCUUUGCUUAUAUUGUAAUAUAAACUUUCAAUGCUUCAACAUAUGAAGGCAUUCAUUUCAUGAGUCAGUUUGGAUGUAAUUUCAAUAACUUUAGUUUGACUUUGUGAAUAUUUGACAGGCUGGUUGUGUUUCUUCACAGCAAGACUUGAAAGAACAACUCAAUGGUACCCACUGCUGGUUGGAUGAGUCAUAAGAUGCAUGACAUCUCAUUGUUCUCCUCACACAUGCAGACAUGCUGUGUCUUGUGGCACUAUGCAUAUAGGUAUAUGUGCCUUUAAAUAACAAAGCAAGUGUUGCUAUAGCUUGUGCCCAUAGCUGUGCUUUUCUUGUGUAAAUCAGCUGUUCAUCUUUAAAUGUGUAACCUGACCACGUUUAAGCAUUAGAUGUGAGACCUAUGUUCUUAGCUUUAAAGUUUAAUUGAAGAGCAAAUAAUUUUAGCUGAUAUUAUAAAUCCAGUAUUGCUUAUACUGAACAUUAAUGCAAAUCAAUUUUUUGAACUGCUGUGAUCAUUUAGAAAAACAUUAAAUUCUCUUUUGUUA